UGACGUCAAGUCCAGGCGACGGCGCUGCUCUGUAUUGUGUUUACUAGCCGUCCAGAUCGCCCAAAGAUGAAUCAAAGAUGUGCGAGAAAAUGAUCGUCAUGGUUCUUCCGAAUAUUAUCGAUUGGUCAAUGAUUUAACCGGGAGUUUUAGUGACUCUAAAUUCGCCAAAAUGAACAAAGGUUGGCUGGAGUUAGAAAGUGACCCGGGGUUGUUCACACUUCUGGUGGAGGACUUUGGUGUGAAAGGUGUUCAGGUGGAGGAGAUUUAUGAUCUUCAGAGCAAAUGUCAAAGUCCAGUAUAUGGCUUCAUCUUUCUCUUCAAAUGGAUCGAGGAGAGAAGAUCUCGGCGUAAAGUCUCCACACUGGUGGAUGAAACCUCUGUUAUCGAUGACGAUAUCGUUAAUGACAUGUUUUUUGCUCACCAGUUGAUCCCGAACUCCUGUGCGACUCACGCACUUCUCAGCGUGCUCCUGAACUGCAGCGGUGUGGAGCUGGGCAUGACUCUGAGCCGCAUGAAGGCUUUCACCAAGGGCUUCAAUCCUGAGAGUAAAGGUUACGCCAUUGGAAACGCCCCAGAGCUGGCGAAAGCCCACAACAGCCAUGCCAGGCCGGAGCCGCGGCAUCUGCCUGAGAAACAGAACGGCAUUAGUGCUGUGAGGACGAUGGAGGCAUUUCACUUUGUUAGUUACGUGCCAAUCAAAGACCGAUUGUUUGAGCUGGAUGGGCUGAAGGCGUAUCCCAUUGACCAUGGACCAUGGGGUGAGGAUGAAGAGUGGACCGAUAAGGCAAGACGGGUCAUAAUGGAGCGAAUAGGACUGGCCACUGCUGGAGAGCCCUACCAUGACAUCCGGUUUAAUCUCAUGGCGGUGGUUCCAGAUCGCAGGAUAAAAUACGAGUCCAAGCUGGACAUCCUGAAACGGAACAGGCAGAUCAUUCUUGAAGGGCUCCAGCAGAUUAGAGAGAAAAAAGUAAUUCGGAUGACUCAGCAAGAAUCAGGCCAGGAUCGUAAGCAGCAGGACUCCUCUUCUUCAGAAGACACGCCCCCUGUUGUUAAAAAGGAGGAGGGGCAAGAAACACCAAUACCUUCAGGUGCUGAACAGGCCACACCCACAGAAACUCAAGAAGGUGCUGCCUCUUUAUCAAGUCCAGCUGGCAAAGUCAGACCCAUGGCUAAACCUGCUUUGCCAGCAGGGGGUGCUCCACCACCAGCCCCUCUACCUGCUCCCAGCACCAACACCAUUGUGCAGCGUCUACCAGCCUUCCUGGACAAUCACAACUACGCCAAAUCCCCAAUGCAGGAAGAGGAGGAUCUUGCUGCAGGUGUGGGUCGCUCACGCCCCCCUCAGCCUCCUUAUUCUGAUGAUGAGGAUGACUAUGAUGAUGAAGAGGAGGAGUGCAGCACUGCUGGUGCCACAAGCAGCAGGGUCCGAAGAAAGGUGGGUCUGCGUACCCGUACCAUGACUCGCACUGCAGUGAGCGGAGUCGCAGCAAUGGAGGGUCAACUAGCACUCAGUGUUUUAGCAGAGAAACUCAAGAAGGAGGUCCAGCGGAAAGACGCCUUGGCCACAACUGGAUCCACUCCUCUGAACGUACGUACCGAGGGUCGGACAGGUGGCAUCAGCAUCACCUCGGCCUGCCAGCCGUCACCCACCCCUAGUAACGAAAGCACGGACACAGCCUCCGAGAUUGGUAGCGCAUUCAACUCACCACUGCGGUCGCCAGCCCGAUCACAAGCAGCUACACGUCCCUCCAGCCCAGUGGCGUCCCAUUUGAGCCGGGUGCUGUUUGGGGAAGAGGAGGGGCUGCCUAGGUUAGACGCCCGACACAAUCGGGCUGUUCGAGACUUGGGGGUGCUGGUGAGCUCAACACAGCUCCAGCUGCAAGAGGAUGGAGUCAUAUUUGCCCUGCCACCUACAGAAGCAUUGGAGGGGUUGAAGAAAGUGGGUGGUGUGGAAAAGAAGAAGAAAGAAGAGGCGAGUGGUCCAGGAGGGGAGGAGGAGGUGAAGGAGGGACCAUCAGUGGAGAUGAAAGCAGAGGACGUCAAAGAGUCAGUCGACGUCAAACCUGACAAGGAGAACCUGCCUUCCACUGAUGCUGAGACCAGCACCAAACCUCCUGGAGAAAAAUACACUCCUAAAGAGUUGCUGGCUUUGCUGAAGUAUGUAGAAGCAGAUAUUGCCAACUACGAAGUGUACUUGAAAGAAGAAGUGGAAAAAAGGAAGAAGUACAAGAUUGAUGACCAGAGGAGGACCCAUAACUACGACGAGUUCAUCUGCACCUUCAUAUCAAUGCUUGCACAAGAAGGUAUGUUAGCGAGUCUGGUGGAGCAGAACAUCUCUGUGCGUCGGCGACAAGGCGUAAGCAUCGGUCGGCUUCACAAACAACGCAAACCUGAUCGGCGGAAACGUUCACGGCCAUACAAAGCCAAGCGGCAAUAGAAGAUAGUGAUACAAAUAAAUCCAAUGACAGCAACCCCACAACCCAUUUUGGAGAGACAUUGUCCAAAAACAUUUCUGAGUAUCAACAACAAUACUAAAUGCCUACUUGACAGUGUUAGCGAGGUUAUCAAUAGCUUACUCAGUUGUUUGCAUUGUAAACGUACAUGCACACCAUCAAUUCCAAAGCGAAUGAGUGAUGCUCAAUGUUUACAAAUACUAAACCAUUUUUCAUGUUGCUAUAUGGAGUCAUUACUUUGUACUGCAUCAAGUUAAUCAUUAAACCAACAAUCAUUGGAGCACCAUUUUGGGAAAUAUCCAGUCAAGGUGUUGCCAAAGAUAGUGCUUCAAGUGUACUUGAUAAGUGGUGGUGUAUUUAGUUAACAAAUGAAAUGUAAGAAAUAAGUUGUUUUCAGAUAUCCUGGGAUCAACCGUUUAGUCAUUUUAUUCAUAAGAAACUCAAAAAUCAUAAACAAGAGUUGGUUUGUGUGACAAAUCGUCACUAUAAACGUUUUGGUUACUGUUUACUUGCUCCACAAUUUUCUUGCCUUUUUUAUCCUGGGGGGUUUGUCUCAAAUAUGUUCUGUUUGCUUGUACAUAUGUAUUUGUGUUGUCUGAAGUCCGCACGGGUCCAGUCAGAUUUAGACAUUAAAAUAAAUGUUUCGUAUUACA